AUUAGUACUACGGGAAAUGUUUCGAAAAUGUGUCAUCCUGACUGGUAUGGAACUAAUUGUUCCACAUAUUGCAAGAAUAGCAACGACUCUAAUGGACAUUAUUCUUGUAAUGAGACAACAGGCUUUAAAAUCUGUCAUCCAGAGUGGUUUGGAGAUGAUUGUGCAGUACAUUGCAGAGAGCAAAACGAAACAUCUGGACAGUAUAAAUGUAAUAAAACAACUGGAGUGAGGAUCUGCAAUUCUGACUGGUACGGAGCUUAUUGUAUAACAUACUGUAAAGAUGCUGAAAAUUACUUUUGCGAUGAGACGACAGGUUUAAAGAUAUGCAAACCCAAUUGGUAUGGAGUGAAUUGUACUCGUUAUUGUAAAGAAAGUCAGGAAGGAUUUGGUGAUAAUUAUUUAUGUAACAAGACAACUGGGCUGAAGUACUGCAAGCCUCAUAGGUAUGGGGUUAACUGCACAAAUUAUUGUAAAGAAAGCGACGAUAUUAAUGGUCAUUAUUUCUGCAACGUUACAAGUGGUUCAAAGAUCUGUCUGCCUGACUGGUAUGGUACUAACUGCACGAUUCACGGUGCUAAGAUUUGUUCCACAAAUUGGUACGGAAGCGAGUGUGACAUUUAUUGUGAUAGUUUAGCCGUUAAUUACUUUUGUGAUAAAGAAACUGGGAUGAAGGUUUGUCGACCAAAUUGGUAUGGCCACAACUGUGGUUUAUUUUGUAAAGAGGAAAUAGACACCAGCUACAUAUGCGAAAAUACAACCGGGUUAAAGAUUUGUCUUCCGGAAUGGUUUGGUCCAAAUUGCACAAACCAUUGCAAAGAUAAUGAAAACUAUCGAUGCAACGUCACUACCGGAGAUAAAAUUUGCCGACAAGGACAAUUUGGUGUGAACUGUUCUAAAAGCACGGGUGAAAAAGGCUGGAAAGAUCUUCCUCAAUAUCAGAAGAUUUUGAUCAUAGGAAGCGGAGGAAUAAUAGUGCUGGCGAUUAUCAUUUUUGCUCUAAAAAGGUGCAGCAGGAGUUUUUCACUGAAGAAGAACAAGGUGGAUCCUGAACGAAGAGCUCUGCACAUAUACGUUGUCGAGGGAGAAAAUAUUGAUAUGGACAAAUUUUAAAAGUUUACGACGAUGCUUCUAAUAUGCUGAGUUCACUGGUGGUGCUUUGUAUAUAUUUAUAGUUCCAUUAAUAUUUUGACUUGAAUAGUUGCCAAACGCUUUCAUUGAUAAAGUGCAAUUAUUUUAAUAUGUUUAAUAGUGCAAUGUUUGAUGCGGUCAGGAUAUCGAAGUAAAAGUGAAAAAGUAAACAAAAUAGCAUGAGAUCCGACGAGAAAAAUCAAAUUAUGAUGGAGUUUCUGCAUGCAAGCUCUCUUCAAAAUUAAACAAGGUUAGGGAGAACCGAAGAAUGAAUAAAAUUUGGCGUCUUUGAAAUAUUUAAACAAUCUCACGGCGGGAAAUAGUUUAUACAACAUCAUAUUUUUUGUGACCUGAAUACUGUUAUAUAAUCGCGGAACGACAAUUUUAUUUUGAUGAAGUACAAAAGAACAGUGAAUUCAAAUACUAUUAUCGUUCAUUGAAGCAAAGAAAGUGUUCCAUUGAGUUCGAUUAGUCAAUUUUGACCAUUACGCCAUGCAAUAUCCUUAUUUGGAAUAAUCGACGAGAACCAACGUUUUUCGUUUUCCCCUCUGUACGAUACAGUCUGGGGGUUAAUUAGGGUCAGCACGUUUUACUUGUUAUCAAGUGGUGAUCUGCGAGUUUAAUGUUUGCAUUAGAAACUUCACAUGUGGUAUUUAGACCAAUGAAAUUUUACCUUGAUGUUAUGUAAUUUUUGUUGUAAUUUUGUGUAAACUAAAUGGAUUUAUGAAAAUUAAACUGUAUAUUAUGUUCCAUUACGCGAAUUCCAAUGUGUAUAAUCUUCUUUUAUAA